UGAUCUUAGAUGAAUUUACUGAUACACAAAUAAUAAUAAUGAUUAAGAUGGUGAUAUCUGUAUGUUGAUGAUAUCAUAGUUUCUUUUUUGGAAUGAGGCGCGCUUUUCAUUUCACUCAAAAUUUAAACAAAUGACCUUUUGUUCACUGUCGUAUUUUACAAUCUAUCCUAUUACCAGUGAAAGUCACUAAUUUUUUUAAAUUCAAGGAAGUUUUAUGGAUUAGUAGAAAAGCGAUUCCUCGGAUACAAAAGACUCAGGUGAAUUUCAGAAAGUACAAUCUCACAUAUAGUCUUCCCGCCUCAAUUUGUUGUCAAGGUGAUGUUGGAAAGAUAUUGAAAUAUUGAACUGUAAAUAAACUCAUCAAGUUAUCAGACUAUUUCUCGGCUAAUAUCGAUCACUACUAUAUCAUAAUAAAGGCCAAAUUUAUUGCUCUUUUAUUCCAUGGAAGAGAUAAAACCUACUGUGAAUGUUCUUUCCCCUGAUAAAUUGGAUGUUGAACAGUCAAAGAUUGUUACGAGAACAACAAAUCCACCGUCUGCUGGAAUCACUACAUUUUCUUUGACAAAUGAAACACAUCAAGAAUUAUCACCACCAAUUCUAAUGGUGACAAGUCCAACUGAAAAUAAAAGCUAUAAUAUGGAUUUAUCAUGUUCACCGAUCACAUAUAAUCCUCACAGUAAUAAUAAUAAAAAUAAUAAUAAUUUGAGGGCAAGUUGUAGUAGUAGUCGGGGUGGUGGUAAAAUGUAUCAAUUAACUGUAAAUACUGAAGAUUCAAGAGGUUUCAGUUCUUUAUCAAAUAAAUUGAGACGUUAUAGUGAUCAAGGUGGAAGUAGACCGUUGACAAAUGAUCCGGAUUAUUCUAGUCAAUAUAAACGUCAAAGUUUAUUCAAUAUUAACUCCGAGUCGAAUGUUCGUGAUUAUUAUAAUAAGAGUAGUCUUUAUCCUCCGACAAGAACAAAAAAUACUUCAUCUUCGAAUGUUGAUCUGUUAGCUGAAGCUAUAUUACAAAUGAGUAGUACAUUAAAAAAUGGCUUAAAGUGUUAA